UCUCCUUCUCGCCCCGGCAGCCACGCCGGUCCCUGGCUUCCUCUGGACCGACCAUGGGGCUCGCUGGGGUAGGGGAAGUUGGGAAGAUUCAGGAUGGAGAGACAGCUGCUCUCUUGGAGUGGGGAGGAGGCAGCAGGUCCCAGCGCUGGCGCUUACACCCGUUUCCCUGGCGGUGGGGAAGUUGCUUAUUUUCCUGUUUCUGUGUUGCCAGUGAGUUCUGCCCUAUCCCGCUGCUCUCUCUCUUGCAUGUUGAGCCUUGCUUGCGCUGGAGCAGGGCUGGCUUCCUGCCUGCUCCGAGGGGAAGAGAUCCACGCCCGCAGGCUCAGCAAGAUCUACCCCAAAUGGAGACGUGAAUGCCAACACGGUAGUGGUAUUGUGGGUAGAGUGGAAACCAGAGAGAGUGAGAGAUGGCAAACGCUGGGUUGUCACUGAGAGGGGUUCUCUGAGGGCACACAGAUGUACAACUGGAGCAAUGGUUCGUAACACAACAGCAAAGGAGCUGAUUUACAGGCCCUAGAGGAGAAAACCAGAAGAUCAGUGGGUGGCUGGGGUUUGCCAAAACCAACUUGAUAGCCACAAAGAGAGGAAAGGCGUUUUAUGCAGAGAGAUACAAAUGGCUUCAGUGCUCGAAGGCAGGCUGUUGGGAGGAGAAGGCUUGGACAGCUUUCAGGGAGAGGGGAUUUCUCUCUGCUGUGCUUGCACAUUAAGGACCUCAUUUCCAGGAAGGGUCUCAGAGCAAAGUCCUUGUAAACAGUAGGAGAGACUCAGCAGCCUCCUGCCAGCCCCUUGCCAGUAGCUUUUGGGACACCUAGGAUGGAGCAGAGCACAGGAUUUGUGCAGAAAGCAAGGCCAGGUAUUUAGGGCCAUCUUUUUCAGGUGUUAGCAGACCCCAAGGGAAACAAAAUGCACAGGGAAUCGUAUGUUAGAGGAGCAGCCAGCUGGGUGGCUGGAACAUGUCAGCUGUACACUAGGGCAGUUUGGAGCAGGGCUGCACUCGUGCUGCCUCCUGCAUUUCUGGAGCACUCUUUCCCAUGGCUACUAAACACUCUCGCCUCAGAUAGACUGACGUAUAUUUCCCUCCUGCCUGCGGGGCAUCAGCUCUGCGAGUCAGCCGACUGUCAUGGGAGGAAAGAAAAUAGCACCUGCGUUACUAGGUCACGUUCAAGGAGCUGCAGGCAUGGAAGAAUGGCUUUAACUCAUGCUGCUUGCCAGCAGCUGGCCCUUAAUUGAAGCAGUCUGGCUGGCACAAGGGAGGCUGUGCCGUCUGGCAAGGGUGCUGUGGCACUGCUGUGCUCCGGGGCCAGGCACUGGUGCUGUGCCUCGCAGUGCCGAGCAGUGCCUUGCGUCUGGGUUGCUGCUCUUUUCCCCCAUUCCCAGCAAUGCCCAGAGAAUCCUUCCUGAGCCCUAGGAAGGUGUGAAGAUGGGGAGGAAUUAGCAAAUGGAGGCUGCAGUUCAAGAUCAUGCUCCAGCUCAGAUGUGCUGGGUAACACAGACCAGGGGAUGCUACUGAUGGAGGAAGGAGAGAUGGGUUCCCUUCUGGGAUGUGUGGGGGAUAAAAGCUGGGUGUGUUACAUUCCUAGGGGAAACCCCGAGUCCUGGCAUGGCUGCUUGGCACAGAAGGCAGGACUUACCUUGAGAGUAGGUCUGAGGUUGCUUUUCCAGGAACAAAGAAGCAGGUGAUGACAUCAUCUCUGCUGCAAGGUGGGCUUCCUCCAGCACACACUGUGCAGGGAUAUGGCCAGCAACCUCCCGAGAGAGCCAGAGCUGUGCAGGCUGGGGAGAUGCAGGCACAACUCUGUGACAUCCCAGUCAUGCUGUCUGCUGCAACAAGUGGAAGUAUCCUGGGCAGCAAUGAGUGUGCUGUGAAAACCCCUCAAGAGGGGAUGAGGCUGAUGGCACUGGAGAAGGGGAGCUGUGCUAUCCAAAGGGCACAAUUUGUUCUUAUCCAGCAUCUUCAGGCCUGGGUUCCCCCAGCUGGGCUCAGCAGGUAGAGUUUGAGGUGGCUGUUCCCAGCACACUGAGGAAGGAUGUUUGUCCCUUUCUUCACCUCUCUGUAAAAUCUGUGCCAGCAGAUGGGGUGGCUGGCUGGUGGUGGCAGGCUGAAGCUGCCCAGGCGGUAUGACGGGUGGGAUCCCAACAGCAGGGAGGGUGUGCUGCUUCCCACAGGCCAAUGGGGGGUUGUGUCCAUGUUCCUAGGCCUUUUGAAGCUCCUGCAGAAUGGCAGGAGGAAGGUCCCGCCUCAUUUUGCAGUGCUAGAUCUCUACCUUCUCCCUCCUUGCACCCUCUGCUGCACCUGCAGGUCCUCAGACUCCAUGUCCCAGGCUGCAUUGCUGUCUGGGAUGCAUCCCACGGGCUGGCAGGGCAGGGGCUGCAGGAGCUCACCAGGGCUCAGGUGGCAGGCCAGCCAGGGGAAACCUCAGGCCUGGGGUCAUGGGACAGCCCCUUUGGAGGACUUGAGUGGCUGAAAAAUCUUGAAAAGAUUCUGUUCAGCUUCUGAAGAAUAUGAGUCACGCACGAGUUGAACAAUCCCCUUCCUUCCCCUCUUCUCCCACACACCCAAAAUCCCCUGAGCGGGACCUGCAGCAACCACUGAUUCAGAAAUUCAUGGUAUGAGGGCACCGUGGAGUCAGAUACAGGGGCUUUUUUGCCUUUUUUCUUCUUUUCAUUGGUUAGUGAGAAGAAAUGUGGAGCAAGAGAGCGUGCUCGGAGGCUCUGCUCUGAUCCUGCCUCUUUGCUAGAAGUCACCGGUGGUUUUCCGUGGUCAGGCAGACCUUGACACCAGUGGAACCCCUGUCUGUGAUACUCGCAGUCCCUGUGGCGAUGCUGGGGCUGGACGGGUUGUUGAGACCAGCCUCUUCCUCCCCGGCCGGCGGCCGGGCCCGCGCCGACAUGGACGAGCAGUUCCAGCCCUGCCUGGAUGGGAUUGUCUACGAUGACUUCAGUUUUGGUUCCCACAUGAUGGAGCAGAAGGAGCCCCUGAUUGAGACGGUAGAAGGUCCCUACCUCGUCAUUAUUGAGCAGCCAAAGCAGCGGGGUUUCCGGUUUCGGUACGGCUGUGAGGGCCCUUCACAUGGGGGGCUGCCAGGAGCAUCCAGUGAGAAGGGGCGCAAGACCUAUCCCACAGUCAAGAUCUGCAACUACACAGGGAUGGCCCGGAUCGAGGUAGACCUGGUGACGCACAGUGACCCUCCUCGUGUACAUGCCCACAGCCUGGUGGGCAAGCAGUGCAACGAGGCUGGCAACUGUGUCACGAUCGUGGGACCCAAGGACAUGACAGCUCAGUUCAGCAACCUGGGUGUGCUCCAUGUCACCAAGAAGAAUAUGAUGGAGAUCAUGAAGGAAAAGCUGAAGCAGCAGAAGAUGCGUAACAGGAGCCAUCUGCUGACGGAAGCGGAGCUGCGUGAGAUCGAGCUGGAGGCAAAGGAGCUGAAGAAGGUGAUGGACCUGAGCAUUGUGCGGUUGCGCUUCACUGCCUACCUCCGUGACAGCAGCGGGAACUUCACGCUGGCCCUCCAGCCUGUCAUCUCGGACCCCAUCCAUGACAGCAAGUCCCCAGGAGCUUCCAACCUGAAGAUCUCACGAAUGGAUAAGACAGCAGGCUCCGUGCGGGGAGGGGACGAAGUCUACUUGCUGUGUGAUAAAGUUCAGAAAGAUGACAUCGAGGUGCGUUUCUACGAGGAUGACGAGAACGGCUGGCAGGCUUUUGGGGACUUUUCCCCCACAGAUGUGCACAAACAGUAUGCCAUUGUCUUCCGCACACCCCCCUACCACAAGCCCAAGAUCGACCGUCCUGUCACCGUCUUCCUGCAGCUGAAGCGGAAACGGGGAGGAGACGUGAGCGACUCCAAGCAGUUCACCUACUACCCGGUGGUGGAAGACAAGGAAGAAGUGGAGAGGAAGCGCAAGAAAGUCCUGCCUCAGUUUCCCCAGCACUUUGGUGGGGGCUCACACAUGGGGGGUGCUGGUGGGGGUGCCGGAGGCUUUGGCUCUGGAGGAGGUGGCAACCUCAGCUUCCCCUACUCUCCUGGGCUGCCCUACAACAGCAUCUACUCACCUGGACCCCACCCUGUGGGGAGCUACCAGGGGGGUGUGCAGAUGAAGGGCCCUGAGGCAGAGGGGCCCGGGAGCGACAGGCAGGCACCCACAGAGAGCACGUACUGCAAGGAGCUGCAGAAGCAUGCCCAGCUGUACCAGCUCUGGAUGCUGGCACUAGCCCGUCGCAAUGCCCAUGCCCUGCUCGACUACUCGGUCACUGCCGACCCCCGUAUGCUGCUGGCAGUCCAGAGGCACCUGGCCGCAUCACAGGACGAGAAUGGAGACACGCCUUUGCACCUCGCUAUUAUCCAUGAGCAGACAGCUGUGAUCAAGCAGCUGAUCGAGGUCAUCGUUAGCAUCCCCAGCCAGCAGAUCAUCAACAUCUCUAAUAACCUGCAACAGACGCCGCUGCAUCUGGCAGUCAUCACCAAGCAGCCCCAAGUGGUCCAGCUCCUGCUGCAAGCCCGCGCUGACCCAACCUUGCUGGACCGCUACGGCAAUUCCCUGCUGCACCUGGCGCUCCAGGCUGGCGAUGAAGAGAUGCUGAAGACACUGCUGGCCCACCUGGGCUCGGCUGCCCCUUACCUGCUCCGCCUGCCCAAUUUCCAUGGCCUCCUGCCUGUGCACUUGGCUGUGAAGGCAAAGAGUUUGGCCUGCCUGGACCUGCUGGUCAGGACGGGAGCAGAUGUGAAUGCAGCGGAGAGGCAAAGCGGGAGGACCCCACUGCACCUGGCUGUGGAGAUGGAGAACCUGAACAUGGCUACCCACCUGGUGAAAAAGCUGGGAGCAGAUGUCAACAGCCGGACUUUCGCCGGGAACACCCCUCUGCACCUGGCUGCUGGCCUGGGCUCCCCUACCCUCACCAAACUGCUCCUCAAAGCUGGGGCAGAUGUUCUGUGUGAGAAUGACGAGCCCAUGAGCCUAUCCUCAUCGGAGGCCAGCAGCGACACAGACACUGACCCUGAGGAGCAGGAGCUGGCCAUGGAGCUGGGGGAGCCAGCCCUGGCUGCAGAGCACAGCACCAACCCCAAGCUCCCCAUACAGGGGCACUGGCAGGCAGGGCACAGGCAGCGCCGCUGCCACACAUCCCUGGACCUGACUCGGAGCCAGAAGGUGCGGGAGAUACUGCUGCAGGCCUCCCAGCAGGGGCCCAAGGCGGAGCUGCCUACCGCUCCCCAGCCAGGGAAGGUCCUGUCACUGGACAGUGAGGCACUGCAGGGGCUGGAGCAGCUGCUGAACCAGGACUGCAGUGGGUCAGACUGGAUUGAGCUGGCCAAGCGCCUGGGGCUCUGCAGCCUCGUGGAGACCUACAAGGACACCCCCUCACCCAGCGUCAGCCUCCUGCGCAGUUACGAGCUGGCAGGUGGCAGCCUGGGGGGACUGCUGGAGGCAUUGGACUCUAUGGGGCUCCACAAUGCCGUGAGGAUGCUCCACAAAACUGAGGCACUGGAGAAGCUGCAAAGCACAGAGCUGAAGGAAGACAGUGCCUACGGCAGUGAGUCGGUGGAGGAGGAGCAGGAGCCCACGUUGGCCUUGAAGCCGGGGGGUGAGCUGCCCCCCAGCCAGCAGCCACAGGUGCACUGAGGAGCCAGUAGCCCUUGUGCCCACACACUGCCCUCUGCCUUGCCCACACAAGUGCCUUCUGGACUUGGGGUCCUGGCUGCAUGGACUGAGGGGGAUGGGACGCAGCCGGCUCCUGCCCCUUUCUGCUCUUAUUUAAUGGUCCCUCUUCUAAAUAAAAAUACACAGUUUCCAUUA